CGGGGCGGAGCGGGACGUGAGCGCGUCCGCCGCUGCUCUGCGCCGCAGCCGCCGAAAGCGGCGUGGAGCCGGGAGGGCUGCGGGGAGCGGCUGAAGCGAACGCGGCAUCCCUCGGCUCGGUGUCAGCUGGCGGCGCGCGGGGCCGCGCUGUGAGGAGAGCGAUGAACGAUUGGGCGCCCAUAGCCAAGGAGUACGACCCGCUGAAGGCGGGGAGCAUCGACGGCACGGAUGAGGAGCCCCACGACCGCGCUGUAUGGAGGGCUAUGCUGGCGCGUUACGUCCCCAACAAGGGCGUCACCGGAGAUCCUCACCUCACCCUGUUCGUAGCGAGGCUCAAUCUGCAGACGACAGAGGAGAAACUAAAGGAGGUCUUCUCCCGAUAUGGAGACAUCAGAAAGAUCCGUCUGGUUCGAGAUCUGGUCACGGGAUUUUCCAAGGGUUAUGCGUUUAUCGAGUACAAGGAGGAGCGCGCUCUGCUGAAGGCCCACAGAGAUGCCAACAGGCUGGUUGUCGAUCAGCACGAGGUCUUUGUUGACUUCGAACUGGAAAGAACUCUCAAAGGAUGGAUUCCUCGGAGGCUUGGAGGUGGUUUUGGAGGCAAAAAAGAAUCCGGGCAGCUGCGGUUCGGAGGACGGGACAGACCUUUCCGGAAACCCAUUAAUUUGCCAAAUGUGAAAAAUGACUUCUAUGGAGAAGGCUCAGCUGAGAAAAGAAACUGGUCUCGAGAGGGAGCAAGGGACUGGAGAACAAGAGAUCGAGAGCAUGAAAGGAGCAGAGAGAAGAGAGGGCCAGAAAGAGAGCGGUCGUGGGGUUGGGGUGACAGUGAGAGAGAAAGAGACUCAAAAGAGGAGAGGAGCAGAGGGAGAGAGAGGAAGGACAGAGACAGAAGGGACAGAGAGAGAGACCGGAGCAGGGAAAGAGAUGCCAGGAAGCAAAGAGAUGAUGAUAAGCAUCGAUAGCAGGUAGCACCUUGUCUUAAGGGAAUGAUGGGAAGUUUGGGUAUGGCAAAUACUCUUUUCUGUCUCUACAGUAGUGUGAGACACGCAAUACUGCCCUUACUGCUGCCUGUGGGCAUACCUCUGCUGUCAUGGUGAAUGAACUGAUAUGGAGGAGGUGACGCAGGAAGAAGCUGUACCUUCUGGAGGAUGUGGACAUGACUCUGUUGUAGGUGUCACCUUCAGCAUGGGGCUGUGAGCUGCAUUACCCAGACAAGCAGUGUUCAUGUUAUUGUCUUGUGCCUUUGACUUUUAUCUGCUAGAAGCUCUCUGUAGUGUGGUUCCUAGUGCAACUGUUCUUCAGAGAAAUUAAACUUUUCUAUUAAUAUUUUAAAGUGGUGAAUAAGAAAUGCACGUGUUACCAUCCCAACAAAAUUGAGUACUCGCCUCAUUUGCUAUUCGUUUUGCUGCUGGGAUCACUGUUCAUGAAAGAGCUCCAUAUUUAGUUCUAAACGUGCCAGAUGCCCACUCUCAUUUUGUGAGAUAGAUGCCCUUUAUGAAGUCACUUUAUGAAGAAAUAGGAAUGAAAUGAUGGCAACAAACUAAACUUCUGAAAAAUGUGACCCAAAACAAGCUGAAAGGAAGUGACUUUAUUUUCUUGAGGGCGCUGGGACAGGUGAGAUUUGUAGUAAUAUUAUGUCCUUAAGUAGUUCUGUGAGAUGUGAGAGAAGCACGUAGUAAGAAAUCUAUUUUUUAUGUAUUGGACAUUGUCAUUACCUUUUAUUAAAGGAAUGCAGACUACAGACUAGUAAGGAGGAAAAAAAACUCAUUCCUGAUCAAUAGAUGAGCAGUCAUUGAAGGACACUGUCAUGAUUAAAUGUGGUCGCAGCUGCAUCCACCUCCUCACUGCAGGUAAAAUCCUGUCUCCAUUUGAAAUUGUACUUUUGUCAGCUUUUGAAUAGCUGCACCCUCAGCUUAGCUCAAUUUGAGGCUGUAUUUCAAUGAUCAGUGGCAUAAUCCUUUUUCAUGGGAAGGAAGCCAGACCUGUGCAGUGCAACCCCGAAGCAGGUAGUGUCAUAGCAUUCCACACAAAGGAAAAAAAGAUGCAAGUCUUGAAGAAAUACUCAUUUCUCAGAAAUAUUUAUUAAACUGUUAAAAUGAUUUACUGCCCAACCAAAACAAAACAAAACAAAAAAAACACAAAAAAACCCGGAACAACUUCAGUGAUCCUGCACUUUGGAGACAGGAUUGUUAUGCCCUUUACCUGGCAACAUCCUGCUUUCCUUUUUAAAAGCAAAUUAUAGCUAAAUAUUGAGAAUCUACAUGAUAGGUCUUCAACAUACUCAUCCCUAUAUGCCAUCCUUUCUGAUGGCACUUUGUGUGUAUUAACUUGGUGUUUCUAACAUGAGAAUGAGGAGCGGAGUGGUUAAUGCUAGCAGGAGUAACUAAUCAGAUUUUUGAGGUAAUGGGCUCAGAGAUAAAUAGGGGAAGGUUGUACUGCUUAGUGUCAUUGUUUGAAAUUGCCUGCAGAUUUGACCCAACAAUAGUGUGCAGGGCUCUAGUGUGUGGGACCAGCUUUACAUGCACUAGGCCAGGAGAGCUGGUUUUUAAUACGUGAGCUUAGAUGCUGGGGAAAACAGCUCAGCCUGUCUUUCUGUUGUCUCAGUUCAUUGCUCUUAGCUGAUUUGAAAAGUGAUGUGCUUAUUCAGGCUGUGAAUCUGCUGCAUCUUUGCAUUGUUUCUGUUCACUGCAUCUCUUAAAUCUCUCAAUGUGUCAAGUGACUGUAAACUAUGCUAGAGAGGACAGGAAUCAUUCACAAUUUAUUUGAACUGCCUACAACUAUAGUGUGCUUUUUUUUUUUUUUUAUUUCCCACUCAAUCUAAAAAUGAAAUCAGGAUCUUCACAACUAAAGUAUUACAGCAAGUCUUCCCUCCAUUUGAGAAUUGCCUUUCAUGCAAGGGAGGAAAGUGAUGUUUUAAUGAAAACAGUUUUCUGUAAGCAUAAAAACUUAAGAUGUGUUACCAAAACGUAACCAGGCAAAAUUCUCUCUGCCUAAUAUUAGCAUCAAAUGCUACUGUUGCUACAUCAAAUGGAAAUGCCUUUAAUAUAAGGCCACAUUUCUCCCUCCUGCCCCAGGCAAUGUCAGUGACAACUGGCAGGCACAGUAAACACUCACCCUACAAUGUGCUGAAGGUCUGUGUUCAAAAUGAGCAGUUACAGAUAGGAACAGAGCAGCAUUCAGCCCACUGUGAAAAUUGAUUUUCUCACACAGCUUCACAUCAGAUGAGCUAAGAGCCAUUUGCUGCCUGUAUGCAUUAACAAACCUGUUGCUGGAUCAUCCUGGACUGAGUACAACUGGCCUGCACUAAACCUUCUGGUUUGCUCUUAUCUAAGUAUCCUUCAGGCCAUCCUCAGACACUGAGUGGCUGGAGCUCUACUCCAGCCUAAGCAUUGCUUCUAUUCUUAGUGCCACUCCUGAGAAGAGGCUCUUUGCAGAGUGCAUGCAGUUGCUGCAGGUAAGAUGUCAGCUGCAGCCCACAGGCACCUGCAUCCAGCUCUGCCUGUGCAGGUUGCCCACAGGUGCAAAGCUGGGUUGUGCACUGCCACACACCGUGCACAGUGGUUACGCUGCAUGGGACUUUAGUGUUCUGGUUUAGGCAAGCAUGACCUUGGUCAACCCCAAGGGUCUUGCAUGAUUAAUUGCAAAGCAGAUGUAGACCCCACCUCCCAGCAGUUCAGAUGCAUUCACGUGCUGGGCUUUUGAUGGUGAGUUAAGAGUUAAGCCCUCUCCACUUGCAGGCUGCCCACACAUCAGUCAGUGCCAGCGGAGCAACCUGCACAUACAGAAUACAUCUCUGCCACCCUAAGUAAUGUUUAGGGUAGUCAGAAAAAAAGAAUACAUUUUGAACUGGGGUCAUCUCAAAGUCAGUUAAGAUAGCUCAUGUCAGCUGAGGAUGUCUUUUACUCUGAAGUUAGGCAGUUUUACCUAGACAGAAAAGUGGAGUGUGACUUAAAUCAAAACCUGCCUAUGGGAAGGGGACCUAACUCCUUUAUGGCAGCUGUCUGCUACUCUAGGGGAAAG